AUGGAGCUGAGCUGCGGCGUCCGGGGGAGAGCCGGCCAGACGGCGGCUGCGACGGCCGCGCUACCGCCGCCCGCUGCUCCCCCUCCGCCGGGCGCGGGGCUCCUGAUGGACGCCGAGAGCCCCGGGGAGGAGGAUUACGAAAGCCUGCCCACGGGAGCCUCCCUUUCCACGCACAUGACGGCCGGGGCGGUGGCCGGCAUCCUGGAGCACACGGUCAUGUACCCCGUGGACUCCGUCAAGACACGGAUGCAGAGUUUGCAGCCCGAUCCCAAAGCCCAGUACAACAGUGUGUUCGAAGGCUUGAAGAAGAUCAUCCACACUGAAGGCUUCUGGCGGCCAUUGCGCGGGAUCAAUGUCACCAUGCUGGGAGCAGGCCCGGCCCACGCACUGUACUUUGCCUGCUAUGAAAGAAUGAAAAGGACUUUAAGUGACAUUAUUCAUGAUGGAGGGAACAGCCACCUGGCCAACGGAAUAGCGGGGAGCAUGGCCACACUCCUACAUGAUGCUGUUAUGAAUCCAGCCGAAGUGGUGAAGCAGCGGAUGCAGAUGUACCACUCUCCGUACAAGUCAGUCUUGCAGUGUGUCAGGACAGUGAAAAGGACUGAGGGGUUGGGGGCCUUCUACCGUAGCUACACAACCCAGCUCACCAUGAACAUCCCGUUCCAAGCCAUCCACUUCAUGACCUAUGAGUUCAUGCAAGAACAGAUCAACCCUCAGCGACAGUACAACCCUCAAACGCACAUUAUCUCCGGGGCUAUCGCUGGGGCUGUUGCAGCUGCAGCCACAACUCCCAUGGAUGUCUGCAAGACUCUCCUCAACACUCAGGAAAACAUGGCCUUAACGUCUGUGAACAUCAGUGGACACCUCUCAGGAAUAGCCAAUGCGUUCAGGACAGUUUACCAACUGGGGGGUGUCGCUGGGUAUUUUAAGGGGGUUCAGGCGCGCAUUAUAUACCAGAUGCCUUCAACUGCCAUUUCCUGGUCCGUGUAUGAAUUCUUCAAGUACUUCCUUACAAAGCGCGAGGCAAACAAGAAAACACCACGUUGACA